AAUGAGUUAUGGUUGGCUCACCGAAAGUUCCUUGAUCCCAGAACCCGCAGUUCCCAUCAAUGUGGAUAACUCAUCUGUAAUUACAUAAUAUAUCCAAGCAUAGAUAGUUGCAAUGAAGAUUGCUUUGAUGAAGGACAAACAAAAUGAAUAAGGAGCACUCUCAAAGGCCAAGGUAGUUAAAAAAUAGGAGAAAAGAAUCAACAAAGGAAUUGAAGAACGAAUUAAGAGAGAUAUGAAAGACACUGCAGCUGAAACUGAUUAAAAUCGUUUAGAAAAACUAAAUGCAAUCUUAACAAAGAAGGCUGAAAUUUAUGAGAGAUAAAAACAAACUGGGAUUGUCACUAAAAAUUCAUUGAUUGACUUUAAUUUAAAAUAGAUAAAUGACAUGAGUGAAAAAGAUUAAGAGUAUUAAAUUAUUUAUUAUUCUUAGACUAUAUGAAAUGGAAAGACAAGAAUUCAUUAAAAAGAAGAAGGAAGAAAUACAUUAGGCAUAGAGAAAUCUGAUAAACCAAAGACCUGAAAUUGCAAAUCCCUAACUUGGAUUUCAGUAAAAUUAAUAAGAACUUGAAAGAAUUUAAUGGGAACAGCAAAUGAUGAAAGAAAUAGAAAGUAACAUUAAGGAUUCUAAUUAAAUCCUUUUCGAAAAAGGACCGAUUGAACAAUCUUACGAUAAAAGACUAUCAUAAGCAGAAAAAGAGUAACCAUAUUUAUCAUUUUCCUUAGAAAACUCCCAAAUGUCUUAAGUGAGGAAUAAGAGGCUAAAGAAAAGAUAUCAGAAAUAGCAAGAAAAAGAAAAGAAUUUCAAGAAAUUAGAAUGGAAAAACUAAAAAAGUUAAUUAAAAAGUGA